CUUGCUCGCCGCGGCUCGCGCUCACGAACACGCAUAUUCGAUAUGUUGGUUCCAUCGGACGCGGCUGAGCUCAGCUGUCACGAUGCGGCGAUGUCCCGAGCCCCGGUCCAAGACGCGUGAAGUGGACUCUGAUCCUUUUUUAGCUCCAGGGUUCUCAAGAGGUCCUUGAGAUGCUUCUUGAAAUAGUCUCUGCUCAGUCUCCCAGGAGACUUAGCACAGCAUAUAAAACCAAUGAUGUAGUCCGGCCAGAAGUGUUGGUUCAAUCACAUCACGAUUAACAAAGUCAUCUGACCACCAGCAGUCUCGCCUACCCUUCGGACUUCACUCAUUUUAACCUCGUUGAUUCUCUCAUUUUUCACAGUCACUUACUUUGCUUCAAUUAUGAAACCUUCAAUUUCCACUCUUUUGGCCGUCCAGGCACUUAUUGGCUCCAGCCUAGCCGCUGCUUUGCCCGAGAAAGCUGUUCUUCGACCAGCCCAGAAACGACAGACUUCCGUCCCCGCCGUUCCCCUUGGACCAGCCAAGUUCACACCCAAGACCAAUGUCACCCUACCCUAUGAAGGACUUAACGCUACAAACGCCCUCGUUAGGGCCAUGAUGAAGCAACCGGCAGUCUUGUUGGAGGACAUCGAGACAGUCACCGAUGUAGAGUGCUCGGCUACCGGAGUUGUUCUCAAGUUCAGCGCCACCGAAGACUACAACACUUGCUUGGGCGCAUGGCCAGCAAAAGACUUCAUCAUCAUCACGAACCACAACGGUACUUGCGACAGCGAACACGAGCGCGGUGUCUACGUGGUCCAGAACUACACCUUUGACAACGCCACCUUGACUCUGACUGCUUCGUCUAGCAAAGCGGAGAUCAGUGACCAGAUGAACGAUGCAGUCAUCGACUUCCAACACACCGGCACAGCUACCACCAAGCGAGAUCUCUCCGGAACCAUCUCCGCAGACCUUUCUGGCUCCACACUCGUUGCGACGGACCCCUUGACCAUUGUUGCCAACGAAGCCAGGCUGGAAAGCACAGUUACCUUGGCGGGCCAUGUCCACUACAACUUCUGGAAGUUCAAGGUUGAUGAGUUUUACAUUGAUGUCGACUACUCGUCUGCUCUGAAUCUCAACAUCUCGGCCCAGGUCAACGCCCAGUACUCGACGGACUUGUACAACUACAACCCCCUGUCCGUGUCUGUUUCUGCCUUCACUAUUCCAGGCAUCAUAGAUGUCGGCCCCAUGGUGGACUUUGGCCUCGGUAUUGAGUUUGCUGCAUCCGGUGUGGUCAAGGCUUCCGUGGACGUUGUCUCAACCAUUGCCGAUGCUCAAGUUCACCUUGACUUUUUGGACUCCGCCAAGACCUCUUCCACAGGCUGGAAGCCUCAAACCAACGUCACCACAGAUAUCAACGCUCAAGUAGAACUUCAACUGAACCCGUUCGCUGACCUGACCGUCGCUUUGGGUGUUAAGCUCUUCAACGGCCUCCUCGAUAUGUCUGCUGGAGUCGAGGCGAAGCCCCAGGUCAUAAACGCCUUUGCGGUAGACCUUGACUUCACUUACACCAGCGCCAGUGGCGUUACUUUCGCGAAACCUACCGGAGAGCAGUGUCAGAAUGGUGCCUGGUUUGCUAGCACUUUCCAUCUGGGCGUUGAUGCCUAUGUUACAAAAUUCUACACUAAGACCUUGUAUGAGGUUGAUUUACCAAUUUACCAGUCGCAGUGCUGGAGCUUCGUCAACUAGAUGUUAGCCUAAUCAUCCAAUGAACAUAAAUCUUCUGUA